ACCUCGUCACGUGACAUCAAAAGUUUUUAAAGCGACACAUCUGAGUACUGUAUCGUCCAAGACCCAACUCGUGUGAUUUCGUACCAGUUGCAUGACAAAAUAUACCCAGACUGAGGGAGGACAAUGUAUGAAAAUGUCCCAACAGUCUCCACAGUGGAGCGCCAGCAGGUGCUGCAGGCCUUGGAGCGGCUCCAGGCUAAGAUGGCCCAGAGGGAGGAGUGGACCCACAGUGAGAGGCUGGGGGUGCUGAGGGACGCCCUACAGAGCCCACUGCUAGGACACAUCCUCACGCUGCAGCACUCCAUCAAACAACUCAAAGACCAGCUGAACUGCAUGCCUCCCGACACCUGCAGUGAGUUCAGUUUCUCCAGGAAGGGCCAGCUGAUCGUCAGUGCCAGCCGCCCGGCCAGCAGCCUGUGCACAUCCGGCCCCGGCUCGGUGCUGUCCAACGGCUCAGCCCUCUCCUCAGUGGGCCUCCGUUCCCCCGACCAGCUCCAGAGAUGGCUCCACGCUGCCGCCAAGGGGAGGCCAACUGAGCACAUCAGCCUGCCCAAGCCCCUGUCUGGAAGCCUGGGCUUCAGUGUGGUAGGCCUGAGGCCUGAGGGGACUGGGGGCCACGGGGUCUUCAUCAGACAGGUCCAGCCUGGAAGCAUCGCACACAGGGAUGGGCGCAUGCUGGAGAACGACCAGAUCCUGGUGAUCAACGGGACCCCCCUGGACCAGAGUGUCACCCAGCAACAGGCCAUCACUCUGCUGCAGCAGCCUGGGGACAGAGUGGAGCUGGUGGUGGCCCGAAACCCAUCAACUGCCACACAGCACACGCCACUGCUCCCGCCCGGACCCAUUAUUCAAAAUGAGCAGUGGGGCCAUUUAGAGGAGAUAGAGCUGGUGAACGACGGCUCGGGCCUGGGCUUCGGUAUUGUUGGAGGCAAGGCCACAGGAGUGGUGGUGAGGACCCUGGUGCCAAACAGUGUGGCUGAUAAGGAUGGGCGUCUGCGUACCGGCGACCACAUCCUGCGUAUCGGGGAGACCCCCACGUGGGGCCUGGCCAGUGACCAGGUGGUCAAGGUACUGCAGGGCUGCGGGAGCCGCGUGCGCAUGCUCAUCGCCCGUGACCCCUCGGGACAGCCCUCCACCUCCUUGCCGCCCCCUCCCCCGCCCGCCGCCAGUCCCGUCUCAGCCCUGCCCUCACUUCCUGGAGUCGGACCCCAGCGCAGGCUCAGCAGGACUCCCAACCUGGAGGGUUAUGAGAUCCAUGAAGUGCCUCUGAUGAAGAAGGAGGGCCAGAGCCUGGGCAUCUCCAUCAUCGGUUACAACGCCUUUACCAGUGAAGACGCGUUGGGAGUGUUUGUGAAGAACGUAGUUCCUGGGAGUGCAGCUGAGCAGAGCGGAAACAUACGCAUCUACGACAGGAUCAUAGCGAUGGACGGGGUGAGCCUGCAGGGCUUCACUAACCAGGAAGUUCUGGAGGUGAUGAAGCAGACGGGCCAGACGGUCCACCUCACCCUGGCCAGGAAGAUGGCCUCGCCCAGACCCUCACUGGAGAGAUCACUGGACAAAGUCCAGAGAGAGCCGUCCCGUGUGUCUCUGAAGAGGUCUGCAGAGGUCAAAGCUCGGUCAUCAGACCUGCAGAGGGCCUCCAGCGUGGCCUCCAGCGUGGCCCCCCUACUGGAGCCCACUGAGACACUUCUGAUGAGUACCAGCAGAACACAGCUGGCCAGUGCUAUGGAGGGAGUCUCUCUGUCUGAGCUGGAGCUGAGGGCCAAAUGGGAGCAGGCCCUGGGGCCAGAGUAUGACGUUCUGGUGGUUGAACUGGACCCUGUCAUCGAAGAUGACGCUGAGCUACAGAAGUACUCCAAGCUUCUUCCCAUACACACCAUGCGCCUGGGUGUCGAGUUGGACUCGUUCGACGGCCACCACUACGUCUCUUCUGUGGCCCCUGAGGGCCCCGUGGCCAAACACGGGCUCCUGAGACCAGAGGACGAACUACUGGAGGUGAACGGGGUGCAGCUGUACGGCAAGUCGAGGCGCGAGGCGGUGGCGUUCCUGCGGGAGGUGCCCCCUCCCUUCACCCUGGUGUGCUGCAGACACCUGACAGAGGACGACUCCGACUAUCAACCAGACCGCCAAGACGAGUGGCGCUCGCCCAGCCCUGCCGUCAGCUUGUCUGAGCUUGAAGCCAAGCUGUCCUCUGUGUUGAUAAGUCAGGCCUACCUCCGGGACAAUGACGGUGAACAACUUCAGGACCACGUGACCCUGCAGGAGGUGUCGGAGGAGGAGCCGGAGGAGCCAGCGCCCACGUACCCCAGCCACCAGGAGGAGAUGCAGCAGGGGAAGAGAGGGGAAGAGGAGGAGGAGGAAGAGGAGGAGGAAGAUGAGGGAGAGCUGGCUCUGUGGUCCCCAGACAUUCAGUUGUUGGAGCUGGAGAAGGGAGAGAGAGGCCUGGGCUUCAGUAUCCUGGACUACCAGGAUCCUCUGGACGUUGCGCGCUCCGUCAUCGUCAUCCGCUCGCUGGUGCCCGGCGGCGUGGCAGAGUGCCAUGGGGGCGUGCUCCCCGGGGACCAGCUGGUGUUUGUCAACGACACCUACCUGGACACGUGCACCCUGGCCCAGGCCGUGGAGGUGCUCAAGGCCGCCCCGUCUGGAACCGUCUACUUGGGCAUCUGCAAGCCAUUAGUGAUGGAAGGAGCAGAGGAGAGGGGACAUGGGGACCUGGAGCUCCGGAGGACAGCGGGACAGAGCAAGGGCCUCUUGCUUACACACUCACUCCUGCCUGUUUCCAAGGGCUUUGCUGAUAGCUCCAUCCUCCCGGAGGAUCUUGGACAGGAAGAGGACGAGCCCGAGCUGAUCCUGGACGGUAGCUUCCUUCGCUACACCUCACCUUUGACGCCUGCCUUGACCCUUAACCCCACCCCCACCUUGACCACUAGGAGCCUUAACCCCACUCCCACCUUGACGCCCAGCCCAAUGGGAGAGGAGAGGGAGAUGGCCGUGGAUGAAGAGGAGGAUGGAGUGGAGGUGGAGGACAGGGAGGGGCAGGUGGUGGACCCCUACCCCAGAAAACCCCCACCUUCGUGGGGAGAGUGGGAAAGAGACAACGGAUGCCCCGUCCCACCGGCCUCUGUCCACUCUGGAGCUCAGGAAAAGGUGGAGGAGAUGCCCAAUCCAGACCAGCAGCCCAGAGCCCUUCUUGACCAGCUCAGUCUGGGUCAGUCUGUGGACUCCUGGGUGGAGACGGGUGGGGACAGUGAGGCAGACUCGGACUCCAGGAACGGAGGAUCAGAACUCACCCUGACUGACACGGACACCGACUCGGUGCGUUUGGUUGACACGGAGAGGAGGAAGAGGAGAGGCCAGAGUGGAGGAGGAGGACACAGUGAUCUACCUGAGAGGGAGGAAGGAGAGGGAGAGGAAACCCCUGCGUUCAGCCACUGGGGACCCCCACGCAGAGUGGAGGUGUGGCAGGAAGAGGGCGAGUCCCUUGGCAUAAGCAUUGUGGGCGGGCACAGCGUCAUCAAGAGACUGAAGAAUGGAGAGGAACUCAAGGGCAUCUUCAUCAAACAGGUACUGCCAGAGAGCCCAGCGGGACGCACUUGUGUGCUGAAGACCGGAGACAAGAUAUUGCAGGUAUCAGGUGUGGACCUCCAGAAUGCCAGCCAUGAGGAUGCGGUCCAGGCCAUCAAGGCAGCUCCCAGUCCCGUGGUCUUCAUCGUCCAGAGCCUCACUGCCACUCCGCGGCCUGUCUCGCUAACCGCGCCCAGUUACAACAAACACAAGGCAAAGAGGAGAGUCAUGCCGAACGCAGCAGUAGGAGGCGCCCCUCCCCCGAUGAGACUCCCCCCGCCCUACCGGCCCCCCCAGUCAGCUGACAGAGGAGCAGGACGAGGAGCUGGAGGAGGCCAAAGGGGGGUGUAUUGGCUGACUGUUGUCUGUUGCCGGGCGGCUAAGGGUGGGGCCAGGGAUGUAACCUAACCAAUAGAACGACUGUACUAACAUGAGAGUGGGGAAAAUGGCCGCCUUGUCCUGUCUCUGUGCAGUGUCUGUUAUUUCCCCUUUUGGAGUCUGUGGCUGGUUGAAUUUCUCCUCUAAUAAAGUGUUUCUCAAUACAUUCCUGGGGCACCCCAAGGUUUUGUACUGUGUACACAUUAUUUGAAUCGAGGGCUUGGCGAUGAGUUGAAUAAGGUGUGAUAUUGCUGGGCUAGAACAAAAGGUGCACCACGUGGGAACUCCCGACUCCUGAGGGGGAUGCAGGGCUAAGGCUUGAACUUUCUCUCCCCUUUCGGCUUGACUUUCACCACAGUGAAGUUACAAUACUUUCAGUAGUUUUCUGACUGGUUUUGGUGUUGUGACUAUAUGCUUCAAGGGGCUCACGAGACGUAUGUGGCGGGGUCUACAGGAAAUCACGGACUACAAUAAGAAAACCAGCCAUGUCACGGACACGGGCGUCACGCUUCCCAACAAACUAAACACCCGCUUUGAGGAUAAUACA